AAGAAAAGGGAACAAAAUAAGGACGGGAGCAAUACGCUCUCUCUCUCUCUCGCUUCACUGUCCAAAUCGCGCACAACUUCUGAAAGCGAUUGUGGCUGCUGCUGUUGAUCGCUGCAGUCUCCCGACGUCUCGAGGAAGAAGAACUCGUCGGCGACUCCUACAGAUGUAAUAGGUUUUGUAAGUUGGGGGAUCUAAUCAGGGUUCAGAAAUGCCUGACCAGGAGAGAGAUGAUAUUCCUAUGCUACAAAGAAAUGUUGAGUUACCAAAGUUUCCUCUUAGAAGUACAUCAAUGUGCAUACCAGUUAGGGAUGAUGUAUACGAAGAAGAUACAUUUAUACCCCAUACUGGUCCUCUGUUUGUUCAACCACCAACACAACCUGCAGCAGUGGGCAUUCCGUUUACAAGUAGAGAUGCACUAGAUAUGCCUCCUCGACCUUCACAAGGAAAACAAGUCAACAAGCCACAUGCAGUAAUGCCAGAAGAAAUUCAAGGAAACAGGUGGUCUUAUAGUGGAGACAUUCCAAAGAAUGAACACUUGAUGAUGUCUGGACCUUUGGGACAAUGUGACAAUCCUGAUUGUGUCAACUGCCCUCCUGCCUGUAAAAGCAAAAGGCAUUUUCACAAAGGUCCAAAUACAUUAGACAGUAAGUUCCAAAUUUUUCUUUAUAAGCAUGGUGGUGGGUGGAAGAAGGAAAUCGAGCAUUUCCUCUCACGCAUUCCAGUUAUGAACCCACAUGCAAAAAUUGUUCAGCAAUGGAAUCAGUUCUUUGUGAUAUCAUGCCUGGUUGCCAUAUUCAUCGACCCCUUGUUUUUCUUCCUAUUAUCAGUAGAAAAGGGUAACAAAUGCAUUGUGUUGAACUGGCAUUUUGCUACAGCACUUGCAGUUGUGAGAAGUCUGACUGAUGCUAUUUAUUUUGUGCACAUGCUUCUUCAGUUCAGACUGGCUUAUGUAGCUCCAGAAUCACGAGUAGUGGGAGCUGGAGAUUUAGUAGACGAACCAAAGAAAAUUGCUGUCCGUUAUCUUCGUGGAUAUUUUUUACUUGACUUUUUUGUUGUGCUUCCACUUCCUCAGGUGAUGAUAUUGCUAGUCAUCCCUAAAUAUGUUGGGUUGUCAACUGCAAAUUAUGCUAAGAAUUUAUUGCGUAUCACUGUUCUUCUUCAAUAUGUUCCACGGAUCAUCAGAUUUGUACCAUUGCUUGGUGGUCAGUCUGCCUCAUCUGCCAAUGGAUUCAUAUUUGAGUCAGCAUGGGCUAACUUUGUGAUUAACCUUCUAAUGUUUGUUCUGGCGGGGCAUGUUGUUGGUUCAUGCUGGUACCUAUUUGGAUUGCAGAGGGUCAACCAAUGCCUACGAAAUGCGUGUUCUGCAUCAAAAAUUCCGUCUUGUGAUGGUUUUAUAGACUGUGGACGUGGCAUUAAUAUUGGGAAGCAGAAUGAAACAAACAGGCAGCAGUGGUUUGACGAUUCAGCCUCGACGGCUUGUUUUGACACUGUGGACGGUGCUUUCCACUAUGGGAUUUAUGUGCAGGCUGUUUUGCUAACUACAGAGGACAAUGCUGUUAAACGUUAUAUAUAUUCAUUAUUUUGGGGUUUCCAGCAAAUAAGUACGCUAGCCGGCAAUCUUGUCCCAAGUUACUUCGCAUGGGAAGUCCUGUUUACUAUGGCUAUUAUCGGUUUGGGGUUGUUGCUUUUUGCAUUACUUAUUGGGAACAUGCAAAAUUUUCUCCAAGCUCUUGGGAGACGGAGACUAGAGAUGCAACUUAGGAGGCGUGAUGUUGAACAGUGGAUGAGCCACAGACGCCUGCCAGAAGAUUUGAGAAGGAGGGUUAGACGUGCGGAAAGGUUCACCUGGGCAGCUACCCAAGGGGUGAAUGAAGAGGAGCUUUUAAGUAAUUUACCAGAAGAUAUUCAAAGGGACAUACGGCGGCAUUUCUUUAGAUUUCUUAACAAGGUCCGAUUAUUCACAUUGAUGGAUUGGCCCAUCUUGGACGCUAUAUGUGAUAAACUAAGACAGAACUUGUAUAUUAGCGGAAGUGACAUUCUUUAUCCAGGUGGUCCGGUUGAAAAAAUGGUCUUCAUAGUGAGAGGAAAGCUGGAAAGCAUCAGUGCAGAUGGAAGCAAAGCUCCGUUGCAUGAGGGUGAUGUAUGUGGAGAGGAGCUCCUCACGUGGUAUUUGGAACACUCUUCAGCAAACAGAGAUGGUGGGAAAAUCAGAUUCCAAGGUAUGCGUUUGGUUGCUAUUCGAACUGUAAGAUGUUUAACAAAUGUUGAAGCUUUUGUGCUAAGAGCAAGUGAUCUUGAAGAAGUAACUUCACAAUUUUCGCGAUUCUUGCGCAAUCCACGAGUGCAGGGUGCAAUCAGGUAUGAGUCACCCUACUGGAGAACCAUUGCUGCAACCCGUAUUCAAGUCGCAUGGAGGUAUCGGAACAGGCGAUUGAAGCGAGCUGGGAUGUCGAAGUUGGGCGAUAAGUGUUACAGCUCCGCACGCGAACGUGGCUCGUGAAUGUGUCUUCAGGGUAUGAUUUCCACCUGACAAUGUGCUAACGCUUGGUCACAUUUGUAUGUCCUAGAGCCCUGACAUCCUGUGGCUAUCUAUCUACUUGGCGGGAUGUAUUUAUUAUAUGUGAGCUACAUAAUCUUUUUGUCCCCACAAUUAGAUCUCGUAACUACAGUACCGAACUGGAGGAAUUGUAUCUCAAUAUCUCAUGUAUAUAACGAAGGCUAGUUUUUCAUUCAUAUAAUUGGUUCGUUCUUGGC